GGCUAGUGUGCGGAGGAGAACCGGAGCCUGACUCAUGUGAUUAGAGGAGGAGGAACAGAAGGAAGGGCCGAGUUGGAACACACUUCACUUCGGGAAAACAGAGGCUUAGGAUCCAAGAUGACCGACUCGAAAUAUUUCACCACGACCAAGAAGGGGGAGAUCUUUGAGCUGAAGGCCGAGCUGAACAGCGAUAAGAAGGAGAAGAAGAAGGAGGCGGUGAAGAAGGUGAUCGCCUCCAUGACAGUGGGUAAAGAUGUCAGCGCACUGUUUCCUGACGUGGUGAACUGCAUGCAGACGGACAACCUGGAGCUGAAGAAGCUGGUCUACCUGUACCUCAUGAACUACGCCAAGAGCCAGCCCGACAUGGCCAUCAUGGCCGUCAACACCUUCGUCAAGGACUGCGAGGACCCGAACCCUCUGAUCCGAGCGCUGGCCGUGCGCACCAUGGGCUGCAUCCGCGUGGACAAGAUCACAGAGUACCUGUGUGAACCACUACGCAAGUGUCUAAAGGACGAGGAUCCCUACGUGAGGAAGACCGCGGCCGUGUGUGUGGCUAAACUCCACGACAUCAACGCCCAGCUGGUGGAGGAUCAGGGCUUCCUGGACACGCUGAAGGACCUGAUCUCCGACUCCAACCCCAUGGUGGUGGCGAACGCCGUAGCCGCUCUGUCUGAGAUCGCGGAGUCGCACCCCAACAGUAACCUGCUGGACCUGAACCCUCAGACCAUCAACAAGCUGCUGACGGCCCUGAACGAGUGCACCGAGUGGGGACAGAUCUUCAUCCUGGACUGUCUGGCCAACUACACACCCCGCGACGACCGCGAGUCCCAGAGUAUCUGUGAGAGAGUGACCCCCCGGCUGUCUCACGCUAACUCGGCCGUGGUCCUGUCGGCUGUCAAGGUGCUCAUGAAGUUCAUGGAGAUGCUCCCUAAAGACCUGGACUAUUACGGGACCUUGCUGAAGAAACUGGCCCCUCCUCUGGUCACCCUGCUCUCCGCAGAACCCGAGCUGCAGUACGUGGCGCUGAGGAACAUCAACCUGAUCGUCCAGAAACGGCCCGAGGUCCUGAAGCACGAGAUGAAGGUGUUCUUUGUGAAAUAUAACGACCCGAUAUACGUCAAACUGGAGAAGCUAGACAUCAUGAUCCGCCUGGCCUCUCAGGCUAACAUCGCACAGGUGCUGGCCGAGCUGAAGGAAUACGCCACCGAAGUGGAUGUGGACUUCGUCCGUAAAGCCGUCCGUGCCAUCGGCCGCUGUGCCAUCAAAGUAGAGCAAUCGGCCGAGCGCUGCGUCAGCACGCUGCUGGACCUCAUCCAGACCAAGGUCAACUACGUGGUGCAGGAGGCCAUCGUGGUCAUCAAGGACAUUUUCCGCAAGUACCCGAACAAGUACGAGAGUGUGAUUGCCACUCUGUGUGAGAACCUGGACUCUCUGGAUGAACCCGAGGCGAGGGCAGCGAUGAUCUGGAUCGUGGGAGAAUACGCUGAGAGGAUCGACAACGCAGACGAGCUGCUCGAGAGCUUCCUGGAGGGGUUCCAUGAUGAGAGCACACAGGUGCAGCUGCAGCUGCUCACCGCUAUCGUCAAACUGUUCCUCAAGAAGCCCACUGAGACCCAGGAGCUCGUCCAGCAAGUACUCAGCCUGGCCACGCAGGACUCGGAUAACCCGGACCUGCGUGAUCGCGGAUACAUCUACUGGCGCCUGCUGUCCACCGACCCCGUGGCGGCGAAGGAGGUGGUGCUGGCCGAGAAGCCUCUGAUCUCGGAGGAGACGGACCUGAUCGAGCCCACGCUGCUGGAGGAGCUCAUCUGCCACAUCGGCACGCUGGCCUCCAUCUACCACAAACCACCCAGCGCCUUCGUCGAGGGCAGCCGAGGGGUGCAGCACAAACGCCUUCCUGCCCGCACUGGCUCUGGUGAGAGUGCUGAAAGCCCAGAUGCCAGCCAGUCAGUGGGAGGAGUCUCAGAUGCUCCUCCCGCUGUCAUUCCGUCCCAGGGUGAUCUCUUGGGUGAUCUGCUUAACCUGGACCUGGCUCCGCCCACCACUACCGUGCCCUCUGUACCCCCUGCUAUGCAGAUGGGGGCCAUGGACCUGCUGGGUGGAGGACUGGACAGUCUGAUGGGUGGAGACAUCGGCGGCAGUCCUGCGAUGGGCAUGGGUCUCGGGGGCGCUCCUGUGGGAAUGGCAGCGAGUUUUGGCGGUGCCCCGGCUGUCGGAGGCGGUCUCAGCGACCUGUUUGAUCUCGGCGGGGGUGUCGGCAUGGCGACAGGUGCCUAUGUGCCACCCAAAACGCUGUGGCUGCCGGCCAUGAAGGCUAAAGGGCUGGAGAUCUCGGGAACGUUUGCUCGGCGUGGUGGUGCCAUCCACAUGGACCUGUCUCUCACCAACAAGGCCAUGAGCGUCAUGACCGACUUCGCCAUCCAGUUCAACAAGAACAGCUUCGGGUUGGCUCCGGCUGGUCCUCUGCAGGUCCUGACUCCACUCAGCCCCAAUCAGAUGGUGGAGGUGAGCCUCCCGCUCAGCACCAACGGCCCAGUCAUGAAGAUGGAUCCUCUCACCAACCUCCAGGUAGCGGUGAAGAAUAACAUUGACGUGUUCUACUUCAGCUGCCAGUACCCCAUCAGCCUGCUGUUUGUUGAGGAUGGGAAGAUGGAUCGUCAGGUGUUCCUGGCUACCUGGAAGGACAUUCCCAGUGAAAAUGAGGCUCAGUUUCAGAUAAAAGACUGCCACCUCAGUGCAGACACAGUCAGUAACAAGCUGCAGGGCAGUAACGUGUUCACUGUGGCCCGACGCACAGCCGACGCCCAGGAGCUCCUCUACCUGUCCAUCAAACUGACCAACGGCAUCUGGGUCCUCACUGAGCUGCGUAUACCGAGCGCUAAUCCCAACCACACGCUGACGGUGAGGUGCCGUGCCCCGGAGGUCUCUCCGUACAUCAGUCAGAGCUUUGAGCUGAUCCUCCGUAACUGAAGUUCCUCGGCGGCGGCGGCGCCUGGACCGGAACCUCCCCAACACCUCCUCUCACCUCCGUCUCUCAGCCUCACACCCGUCAGGCUGAACUGCUUUUAAUCCGUCCUCCUCUCCUCCUCCUCCUCUCUCCUCCCCCUCUCCCUCUCUCCUCCUCUCCUCCUCCUCUCCCUCUCUCCUCCUCUCCUCCCCCUCUCCCUCUCUCCUCCUCUCCUCCUCCUCUCCCUCUCUCCUCCUCUCCUCCUCCUCUCCCUCUCUCCUCCUCUCCUCCUCCUCUCCCUCUCUCCUCCUCUCCUCCUCCUCCUCUCCCUCUCUCCUCCUCUCUCCUCCUCUCCUCCUCCUCUUCUCUGCGCUCAUUCCAGCACAUCUACAGUCUGUUUUUUUAAUGAACACGGCGUUUGUCAGAGAGACGGCUCGGCGUUUAAACGGACCGUUCUGGUGGUGGGGACUUUGUUCAUGUGUGUACUACUUCAUUAUAGAUUUGUAUUUUGGUGUGUGUGUGUGUGUGUGGGUGUGUGUGUGUCCUGCAUCUCUUGUGUAUUAUUCCCGUAGCACGUCGCCCUCGUUAAACCUCCUUCACUCCCUCGGUGUUUUCACCCUGGACGUUAUAAAAGGGCUUUGUUCCUCAUAUUAAAAACACAAGAAUACUAAAUC